GCCAUUUGCACAUAGUCGUCAAUCUUCCUUGACAAUGGCGACGAACUGUGAAUGCCGAAAACUGUCGGAUUUCCGCGAACAGUUCCGAAAAUUAGAAAAGGACAAAACUGCAAAGAAACCAUGCUGCGUCAGCGACAAGAAAAAUACCAAAGCGAGGUUAAAUCGCCUCGUUCCUAUGAUCAGGAUAAUGAAAAAAUACAAUUGGAAAACGGACUUUAUUGCCGACAUGAUAUGCGGUCUUACCGUCGGAAUCAUGCAGCUAUCUCAUGGAAUGGCGAACGCUAUGUUGGCUGAAAUGCCACCGGUUGUCGGCCUUUACAUUUCUUUCUUCCCUGUUCUAAUAUACUUUAUAUUUGGUUCGUCUAGACAUAUCUCAAUGGGGACUGUUGCGGUGGUUAGUCUUCUGACCGGUUCUGUAGUGGCUAAGUUUUACGUGGAUGACAAUGGAGGAAGCAAGGACACGUUGCCUGGCAACUCGAGUCUCAUCAGUAACGGCACAUUAGAUCCGUUUGAAGACUCAAACUCUGAACCCUUCCUGCCAGACUCGACAAAACUAGGGAUAGUGAUGACGAUCUCGCUGCUUGUUGGAUUUACACAGAUAAUAAUGGGUGUAUUGAGGCUUGGCUUUGUCACAACAUACAUGUCUGAUCCUCUUAUUGCCGGGUUCACAACUGGAAUAGCUGUUCACGUGGGUACCAGUCAAGUCAAACAUAUUCUAGGCCUUAAAAUCCCUCGUACAGACGGCCUCUUUCAAGUUGUCAAGACAUACAAGUUUAUCUUUGAGAGGAUCACACACACAAAUAUUGCGACCCUGAUAGUCUCGUUGUUCUGUAUUGUCAUCCUAUACCUGGUGAAGGUCCAUAUAAACCAGAGGUUCAAGGCCAAGAUGAAGAUGCCUGUACCCAUUGAACUGUGUGUGGUAAUAAUCGCAACGAUUACAUCAUACUUUGCCCAUUUCCACGAAAACUACCAUAUCAAGGUCGUUGGCAAUAUGCCAGCAGGACUUCCGGAACCUGCGCUGCCAUCAUUUGAAGGUGUGGAUAAAUAUAUUGUCGAUAUUCCAAUCAUCGCUUUCAUCUCCUUUGCUCAAUCUGUGUCACUGGCUGCGAUGAUGGCGAAGAAAAAUAAAUAUGCCAUCGAUGCAAACCAGGAGUUAAUAGCAUACGGAGCUGGAAAUGUAUUCGGAUCAUUUUUCUCGUGCUACCCUUACGCUGCCUCCGUGGCAAGAAGUUCCGUUCAGGAUUCUGCCGGUGGUAAAUCUCAGAUUGCAAGUUUAUUUUCCGCCAGUUUUGUACUGAUCGUGAUACUCUGGCUUGGACCUUUGUUUGAAUAUCUACCAAAUUGCGUUUUAUCAGCGAUUAUUGUAGUUGCAUUACGUAGCCUCAUUCUACAAGUGCUGGAAUUACCCAAAAUAUGGAAAACUUCAAAAUAUGAUUUUUACAUUUGGGUCGUCACGUGUCUAAGCGCUACGCUAUUACACCUUGAUUACGGGUUAAUGAUUGGACUCGUGUUUUCUUUCUUCACAGUGGUGCUACGGUCACAAAUGGCAAGACCAACCAGCCUGGGCAAGAUUACCGACCAGAACGUGUAUAAAGAUCCAAAGAAGUACUUGAAGACCUCUCAUUUAACCAAUGAAAUCAAGGUGAUUAGUUACAACUACCCAGUAUACUUUGCCAACGGAGACCUCUUUGUCCGAGAAGUGUAUCGCCUAGCAACCAUCAAACCGGAAGUGCUCAGAAAACAAAUUUGUAGAGCGUCUCAAACGAGUGAGAGUUUAGGAGGCAGUAGGACGUCAAUUAGCAGUAUGGAGACUACCAUCGGGAGCAACAAUACGAUUGUUAAGAUGCAAAGGCAGGACAGUAUAGCGUCGACAAAUGGUCAAUUACCCGAGAUAUAUGACAUCAACCCGUUCGAAUUUGAGAUACCUGUCACCCAUAUCAUUAUCGAUUUCUCUGCAGUGUCUUUUGUUGAUAGUGUAGGCUGCAAAGUGAUCAAAACUCUGAUUGAAGAUUACGAGAAUGUACACGUGAGGGUAUACCUAACUAACAUUUCAGAUGAAAUCUGGAAUGUAUUUGAAGCCACAGAAAUUAUUCCGGCGCGGAAGGAUAUCAUGUUUGUAUCCCUGGAUGACGCUAUAGAAGCUGCAAGAACCGAUAGUAAACCGGAUAUAAGAGAAAAUGGAUUAAGUAAAGUAGAUCUCGUUCAUGUAAAGCCGAAGUAAUAAUAACAUGACUGUAAUCAUUACGUAGAUGAUUCACAUGCAAUUCAACCGGUGACUGUGCGACCAGAACUUACAGAACAUUUUUUUACGAUACAUUUUUUUCCCGUCGGGAAUUCUGUUUUAGAUUUUAUUCUCCAAAACUAUUAAAAUAUGUGAACUUCAUUUGCAAAACAAUACUUGAAUUUACGCUGUAUUCCUUUGAAACAGAAAGUUUAUUCGAACUUCAUUAUCAAACGUAGGUAAUGUAACCUCUCUAUCUGAAAUACCUCGGGAUUUUAAGCAUGUUUACGUGGUUCAUAAUAAAUAACAGUUUUUCCUAAUUACAUUCAAUACAAACUAGUUAUAAAUUCUUCUAAACAUGUUCAGCUGCCUUGAACAUAAUUUAUAACAUGUAUAAUAUCAAUAGGCAUUAAUUAGAUGAGUUGCGACCUUUAUAAUAUUUUGCAUAUUACUUUCGAAUCGAUGGACUGACAUUAGGUUUUCGCUUUUUUUUUUUUGCGAGAAUCGAAUAACGAAUUGAUGAUAUAGAUUCUCAUUUCAGAAAGAAUAUCGGUCUUGGCGGUGUUUAUCGGCUAUUUAACACCGGUUUGGAGUUUUGAUGCGUAUGAAUUGAGUGGUUAAUUCUUUCGCAUCAAAACGACGCGUAAAACUGAUCGUUCAGUUAUGAUUAUAACAUGUAAAAAUUUACGCAUGCAUACAUUAUUCAAUAUCAAGACAAUAGAAAAAAUACAAAAACAAAGAUUCAGAUUAAUUCUCGCUACGGAGUGAAACAGCGAAAUUUCAAAGUGAAUAUAUAUCUAUAAGAUCUAGAAUUUUCUAAUGCCAGGAUAAAAAGCUAUUAACUAAAUCAAAUUUUAAUAUUUUAUAAACACUCAUACACACUGAAAUUGCCUAUUAUAAAUUUAAAUGGCCAUUUUCUAGUUUUCUGUCUUUUUCUGUCAUUUAGAAAAUCCGGCGUAUUUGUGACAAACAUGAAAAAAAGAUCGCCAAUGUCUGUUAAUGAUUGUUUUUUAUGCUUUAAUAGAACAAUAACAGUAUGCGUUCUGUCAAUAUUUCAUAAUGCCGUAUAAAAAAUAUUUCAAGAACCGGUGAAGGAUAUAAUUUUAUAAAUAUUCCGGAAAGAACAAAAACCAUGUGGCAUUGACUUUUAUAAUUUUAGAUACACCACAGACGAUAAUAAGAUAAUUUUGAUAUUAAAAAUCCAUUCUUUAAAGACCUUUUCCCAGUAACUGAUUUCAUAGGUAAAUAGAUGUGUAUAUCUAAGCGCCACUGGGCCGUAACAUAUUAAUUAACAGGGUGCAUAUGUCGUUUAUACAAGCAGCACUUGGCUGUGAUAUCAUAAAUCACCAGGGUGCAUUUUUAGAGUUAUAACAUUACAUCAGAUUACGUCACUUUUGUUAGUUGUCAAAAUAUUUAUGGUCCGAAUUUUGUUAUGAAUCUUCCUUGGGACUUUAUUGGUCAUGCCUUACUGAUUUGAUACUCGAUCCAGAGUCCUAUCAACUGGAACAGUCAAAAAUAAGUAAAAAUAUAAUUCAGUUAAUAACGAAUUUCUGUGAACGUGUUUCACAACUUGUUUUUUUUUUUUUGUGUUUUUUUUUUUUUAAUUUUAUAAGCAGAGUAUGAAUUUAAAAGUAUCAAGUUGAAAAUAUUACUUUACCAGCUUAAAUAUAUUGGUGUGAUCAGGUACGUAUAUUUACAUUAAUAUACGUACCUGAUCAAGUGUGAUGUACGAUGUUUUGAGAGUGCAUUUUUUUGCCGACACAAAUACUAUACAGUCACGUACAUUCAAAGGAAUUUUUGCUUUUUAUGCCUUUACAUUUUUUUUGUUUUGAAAUUACAUAGAUUUGUAUUUUUUUCUUUUCAUUGCCUUAGUAAUGUUUAAAUCAAAAUGAUUUUCAAUAAACCAGUAUCUUGCAAUUAAUUAUUACGCAGCCGUUUUUUGAAACUACAGAAUCCUUUACAUUUUUGAAACUCAAAAUAUCCUUUGGGUAUUGUUUAUUAGCAGAGACAUAUAUACAUUAUCUUUAUCUCUGGUAUUAGCAAGUUAGUACGAUUUAACUGCCUUGUAAAAAUAUUAUUAUUAACGAAAAUGGUAAAUUAAAUCAUGAUCAGUUACCCAGGAAUAUGGUCUAAUAUUAAAACAAAUCGUUAACCUUAUUAUAGUAAACAUUUUUAUUCAUUUCACCAUCCUUUUUUUGUAAUAUCUUAAUCAAUUACACAAAAUUGUGCCAAUUUCAAUCUGCCAAUCUUACAAGAGAAAGGAUUAAAAUCUUUAUAUCCCUCUAUAAGUGUACUUAAACGUAUCGGCAUUGUCCACCGUUUCCCCAAUGACGUCAUCCAAGGGCGACAACUUGAAUACGGUCUUAAAUGAAAGGGUUUAUAGAAAUUAUUAUUUUAUUUUAUCAAGUUUUCAACAAUAAAAAGUUACGUCGUAAAUUGCGUUUACAUCAGUGCUCCAUUUAUCAUUCGUGUAUGACUGUAUGAAAUAACGUCAGCUUGUUUAUGAAUGAGUUGUUUACUUAGGAUGACGUCAUUACGCUGCUUACGGAUAUUCGCCGUUUUGUCAAAAUAUUUAUUAACUGAUAUGGAUCAAAUAUGUGGUGUUAGUGUAUGUGAGAUAUUAUUUCGAUAUUGUUUGAAAAGAAAACAUGAUAAGAACUGAAAAUAUUAAUAAAAAUGCUUUUUAUUGUUGCUUUAAAAUGCUUUGUUAACUAUAUAAUCGAGGGUGAAAACAUAACAGCCGCAUAUACAAGUAGUCCCUAACCAGUGUUUAUUGGCAGUUUAACACCGGUUUUUUUUCCUUCUUUGGCUAUAGUGACAAAAUCACGUGGAUUGAUAGAAUAAAUCAUUUACAAGAUUUGCUUUGUAUUGAACCCCAGAAAUAUAUUAUCUUCAUAUUUUAUGAUUGAAUGGUUUAAGUGUAUGUAUAUAAUUCAUUUUAUAUCGGCGAAUAUCAUGCACGUUUUGUGCUCUUUUACUUUAUGUCAAUACAUUUUAUUAUACCGUUAUUCAAUAUUAUAUAAAAUAUUUU